AUGAAUUGUUUAAGUUCAUUUCAUAAAACGGCCGAUUGCAAUUCUACAAAUACUUGUCGUCAUUGUUCCGCCAAACAUCAUUCUUUAUUACAUUUGGGAGUACCUUCACAAACAUCAUCAACUAAUAACAAUAAUACUGGAAACUCAGCUUGUGUUAGUGCGGAUGUCAUUGCUAACACAAAUAAUACGCCAUUUUCGGGAGCUUCACGCGUUACUAACAGUGUUGUACUAGGUACUGCUAUUGUGCGACUGCGUGACACUGAUGGUGAUUGGAUUUCAGUUCGCGCUUUAAUAGAUACCGGCUCACAGAUUUCGGUAAUAACUAAUGCGUGUGUUAAUCGUCUUGGUCUUAAACGUCGUAUGUGUAAUACGUCGGUUACCGGUUUAUCGGACACUUAUAUGUCUGCUGUUAAAGGCUCUGUUGCAUGCGUCUUAUCACCCAAACACAAUGUACAACCACAAAUAUUUUGUGAACCUAUUAUUUUAUCGCGCAUAACAGGGUUAAUGCCGAACGCAAAAUUAACGUCAAAUAUCCGAAAGACUUAUACCGAUAUCGAUUUUGCAGAUCCUAAUUUCGAUAGUCCUGGUCAUAUUGAUUUUCUAUUGGGUGCUGACAUAUAUCCACAAAUAUUAGGUCCGAUAUCACACGUACGUUAUGCUCCUGGACUACCUUCUGCUUAUGAAACUAUGCUUGGAUGGAUCAUAGUUGGACAAUCAGAUAAAAAAGAUUAUUCGCCCGCUGUUUCUUUGUGUUUAAUUACUACGCCGUCAAUCGACUCGUUACUUAAUAAGUUUUGGGAAAUAGAAGAGCCAGCACCUAUAAAUAAGUUAUUUACAAAGGAUCAAAAAUGUGAGGAACAUUUUAUUUGUACAACUACUCGAGACUCUCAAACUGGACGAUUUGUAGUUUCUUUACCGUUUCAGUUGGACCCGUCAUUGUUAGGUAGUUCACGUGAUAUGGCAGUUUCUCGAUUUUUGAAUUUAGAACGCAAACUUAUAAAGGAUCCGAUUUUAUAUAAUAGAUACCGCGAAUUUAUGUCUACAUAUGAAGAUCUCGGUCAUAUGAAAAUUGCCACGCAACCAGGAAAAUACCAUUUGCCACAUCAUGCUGUUAUAAAACACGUUGGUGAAGAUAUGAAAAUACGUGUAGUUUUUGAUGCGUCGGCGCGCUCUUCUUCAGAUAUUUGUCAAAUGUAUCGGCAAAUUAAGAUGAAUAACAUAGACUGUCAAUAUCAACAUAUCGUUUGGCGAAAUUAUGUGUCUGAACCUCUUCGUGAUUAUGAACUUACUACUGUUACAUUUGGUGUUUGUUCUUCGCCAUUUCAGGCGAUUAGAGUACUUCAUAAAUUAGAAAAGGAUAGUUCUCAUUUGUUUCCGGCAGCGCGCGGUAUUCUAUCGACUCAAACUUAUGUAGAUGAUAUCCUAGCAGGCGACGAUACUAUUGCAGGUCUCCUUAAACGACAGAAAGACAUUAUGGGUUUAUUGUACAGCGCAGGUUUUGAACUAAAAAAAUGGUCUACUAAUUGUAUUGACCUGUUGAAUAAUAUACCAUUGGAAAAUAGGUCGCUUCAAACAUCUUUCGAUCCUAAAGACGACACGUCUAUUAAAAUAUUGGGUUUACGCUGGAUUCCUGCUAGUGACUCAUUUAGUUAUCAUACAACAUCAUUACCGUUAAUUUACACUAAGCGUGCUAUUUUGUCAUACAUUGCUAAACUAUACGACCCAAUAGGUGCGCUGGGGCCAAUUAUAUUUUGGGCCAAAUGUUUUAUGCAAUUAUUAUGGCAAUCUAAAGUACAAUGGGAUGAUCAAUUACCACAACCGCUUUGUGAAUUAUGGAAAAAAUACGCCGAUGAACUUAUUUUAGUUAAUCAGAUUAAAGUUCCUCGGUAUUUGAAUAACUUAAAUUGUACUGCACAAUUAAUUGGAUUUUCGGACGCUUCUGAAAAGGGAUACGCCGCGGUUGUUUAUUUACGUUUGUUACAUAUGGAUGACACUAUUUCUGUACAUUUCAUUUCUUCUAAAUCUAAAGUAGCACCUAUUAAAACUACAAAUAAUAAAACUUUAACUGUUCCGCGAUUAGAAUUGUGCGGAGCUCUGUUAUUAGCUCAACUGUUGCAUCGAUUACACGACAUUUUUAAAGAUAAUGUGUUUAUCGAUAAUAUUUAUGCAUGGACAGAUUCACGUGUAGUGUUAUCAUGGUUGACAUCAGAACAUUCACAAUUCAAAGUUUUCGUAACAAAUCGAAUCGCAAAAAUUCUUGAAUAUAUUCCUAAGUGUCAAUGGCGUUACGUUGUUUCUGAUCUUAAUUCCGCUGAUUGCAUUUCAAGAGGUAUGUUCCCUUCGCAAGCUAUCGCUCACACGUUAUAUUGGCAAGGUCCGUCCUUUUUAAAAUUACCGGAGAAUGAGUGGCCGCAUUAUUGUUACGACCCGUUGUUACCGUCUCAAUUACCGGAUUAUAAAAUUACAGCGACAACUUGCCUAAUGACUACACAGGAUCUUGAUUUAACAUGGCUACCUAAAUUUUCUAAUUUAAAUCGUCUUCAACGUGUUUUAGUGCGAAUCUGCCGUUUAUUUAAGUACGCGCGCCGUAAAAGGGAACCUUUCAUACUGUCGUUAAACAGUCCUAUAUCAUAUAAGGAAAAAGAAGAUGUUAUGUCAAUAAUCAUUCGUUUGACGCAACAAAAAUAUUUUAACGUGCUGUUUAAGACACUUCAAUCUUCAACUGAUAAAAUAUCACCGCGUUCAUUAGCUCAACUGGCACCGUUCUUAGAUGAUAAUAAUAUAAUACGGGUAGGUGGACGUCUUCGUAAUGCUACUAUUCCGUACGCGUCUCGUCAUCCAGUGUUAUUACCUAAAUCAUGCCCUUUGAGCGUAUUAUUGAUUCGUCAUUUUCAUUUAACUUAUUUUCAUGCCGGUCCUCAACUUCUAUCAUCAAUACUCGCCAAAAAAUAUUGGAUUUUAUCAAGUCGUUCUGCUAUAAGAAAUAUUAUUUUUGCGUGCGUCAUUUGUGCUAGACAUAGAGCUACAGCGCCGCAACCAUUCAUGGCUGAUUUGCCACUCAAUCGAGUCACUCCGUCAAGAGCAUUUCUUGGGGUAGGUAUAGAUUUUGCCGGACCCAUACUUAUUAAAGAAAGCCGUCGAAGAAACGCUCGUGCCGAGAAAGGCUACUUAUGUUUAUUUGUGUGCACUUCCAUUAAGGCCGUCCAUAUUGAGGUGGUAUCUGAUCUUUCGACGGAGGCAUUUUUAGCAUCUCUACAACGCUUCAUUGCACGUCGAGGCAUACCGUCUGAUAUCUAUAGCGAUUGUGCUUCAAAUUUCAAAGGAGCGAAUCACUAUAUCAACUCUAUAUUUUUUAACUCAUCAGCGCAAGACCUAUACUCAAACUCAAUACCAUGUAAAUGGCAUUUCAAUCCGCCAGCAGCUCCACAUAUGGGGGGCUUAUGGGAAGCAGCUGUGAAAUCAUGUAAAUAUCAUCUAAAACGAGUUGUAGGUACUCAAAUGUUUACAUUUGAAGAAAUGACUACAUUGUCCAGUCGUAUCGAGGCCGUCCUCAAUAGUCGUCCGUUAAUAUCUCUGUCAUCCAAUCCCAACGAUUUAACACCACUAACGCCCGCACAUUUUAUAAUUGGCCAAUCACUUUUAGACAUACCCGAACCCGAUAUGACGUCAACCCCUCAAAAUCAUUUGACUCGGUGGCAACUAAUACGCCAACUUUAUCAGUCUUUUUGGAAACGUUGGUCGACAGAAUACAUUACAACGCUACAGCGACGCUCCAAAUGGUACAAACAGCAACCUAAUGUAAAUAUUGGUGACAUAGUUGUGAUAAAUAUGCCAAAUCAGCCGCCAACUCAUUGGAAACUUGGUGUAGUUGAAGCGGUACAUCCCGGUCCAGACCAGAUAGUUAGAAUUGCUACUAUUCGCACGGCGGAGACCACGAUAAAACGACCAGUGGUCAAAUUAGCGGUAUUACCGACUGAUCCCGAUUUGCCUUCUUAAAAUAUUCGAUUACAUUUUAUUUUUUAUUUAUUUAUUUAUUUAUUUUCUUUUUAAUAAAAUUAAUUUUGUUAUUAUCCGCAUUCAUUCCUCCUUAUUCAUCAUUAUUUCCUUUA